AUGAAUUUUGGCUUCACGCAAGAGCAAGUGGCUUGCGUGUGUGAAGUCUUACAACAAGGGGGCAACAUCGAGCGCUUAGGACGCUUCCUCUGGUCCCUGCCAGCUUGUGACCACCUGCACAAGAACGAGAGCGUCCUAAAGGCCAAAGCGGUGGUGGCCUUCCACCGGGGCAAUUUUCGGGAGCUCUACAAGAUCUUAGAGGGCUAUCAGUUCUCUCCGCACAAUCACCCCAAACUUCAGCAACUUUGGCUCAAGGCUCACUACACCGAAGCGGAGAAGUUGCGCGGAAGGCCGCUGGGAGCUGUUGGAAAAUACCGGGUGCGUCGCAAAUUCCCUUUGCCUCGGACCAUCUGGGACGGGGAGGAAACCAGUUACUGUUUCAAGGAAAAAUCCCGGAGUGUGUUACGGGAAUGGUAUAUCCACAAUCCCUACCCAUCCCCUCGUGAGAAAAGAGAGCUGGCAGAAGCUACUGGGCUGACUACAACUCAGGUCAGCAACUGGUUCAAGAAUCGGCGCCAGAGAGACCGUGCAGCAGAGACCAAAGAGAGGGAGAAUGGCGAGGGUGGCGUUCUGAAGGAAGGACAGGGCCUGCCCCGAGACAGACACAUGAUCCCCAGCUCUGAGGAUGAAAGCUCCCUCAUUGACAGCCCCUCACUGCUCUACCCUGCCUUGCAGCUUUCAGUUCCCAAGGGAUCCUCUCUUCACAAUGCCCAACGGGUGGAUUACCUGCAGAACCAGCCUCUCCACAAUGGCCUCCUGGGGUCCCUCACUUCCACUCUGGUAAAUCUGGGGUCCUGAAACAA